AUGAAAAACCAAAGAAGAAACACAGGCUCCUUAGGGCCCGGGCCUAGGGCAAGAAACCUCCCCAACCGAAACCACCCAAGAAGGGAUAACCCACAAAGAGUAAGCGUGGGGAGUCCCCGACUGACAGAGACAGUAGAAGAUACAAUCAGAAUAAAAGCCGGACGAAUAAUCAUCAGAGGCAAAAUUCCCAAGAAGGAAGACUUCAGAAAGGCAGCCGAAGGAAAUCUAAAUAUAAAAGUGACCAAAGGAGUCAGAUCAGACGAGUUAGGACAAACGAUGAGGGAAAAGCGCCAAGCCUGA